GAAAGCAUGUGUGUAGAUCAUUCUACUGUCUGGUCCCACACAAGGUAUGCGACAAUCCUGGAGCUUUGCUUCCAUGCGCAAGUUUAUAGUAUCCAUAGCUUGGUUUGCAACAUGCUCCUCAUCAGCACAAGUCACUACAGAGAGGAGAUGCAUGUUCUUGGCCAGUCCACAGAACACUGAUUUGACACAAAGUGCAGGGAACGUAAGCGGAUUUGUUCAGCACUGUGCAAGAACUGACUGCUGCAUGGGUCAUUUCCGGCUGGAGGGUGGAAAGCUCACGCCUGUCCUCCUAGGCUGUAGUAUAAUGCAAGACUACUGCCCAAAUCGGACAUGUUAUGCAUCAACACAUCAGCAGAACUUCAUCGGGUGUGUGUGCAACUCCGAUUUUUGCAACACAAACAUCACGUCAAACUGGCCGUCCAAACGAACUGAAAACAAACAGCCUGAGAAUAGUUCAGAUACUACAGAUGUACUGAGUGCCGUCAUCAUCAUUAUUCCUGCUGGAGCUGUGAUUCUGGUAAUUUCCUUCAUCAUUGCGCUGAAGUUGAAGAUUUUUCCCAAAUGUUGCCGACCUAAAACACCAACAAAUGCAUAUGACAUCUUGGACACAUGUUAUAAUGACCUGGGCAAACACCUAGAGAUACAAAAGCAAGUUGCCUGCGGCCAUUUUGCAAGUGUGUACCAUGGAACCUUCCAGGGAUUGUCAGUGGCCUUGAAAGUGUUUCCUACAAUACGACAACAAGAGUUCACUAAAGAGAAACAUGUGUACAAGCUGCCUUUAAUGAUGCAUUCUGGGAUUAUACGACUUCUCGAAGAUGGAAAAAUUAGGAAUGGGUUUGUGCUUGUUUUGGAACUGGCAACCCAAGGUCCUUUGAAUGCAUUUCUGUCUAGAACAGUGUGUGACUGGGCAUGUACACUAAAACUAGCUCAAACUCUAUCGCAAGGACUGGCCUAUCUGCAUACUGAUUUGAACAUGAAUGGAGUCUAUAAACCAGCAGUGGCUCACUGUGAUCUCAGCAGCAGAAAUGUUCUGGUGAGAGCAAAUGGUUCAUGCGCUCUGUGUGACUUUGGAUGCAGUACGGUGCUACAGUGCCAAGCGCCGCAGGGAUAUUCUGGCAUAAUAAAGAGCACAGUUCAGAUGGGGACUCUGCAGUACAUGUCACCUGAGAUCCUGGAGGGAUGUGCUAAUCUGAGGAGCAGUCGCUUUUUGCUGCAGGCAGAUGUUUAUUCAUUAGGACUUCUGCUUUGGGAGUUGCUUAUGCGUUGCUCUGAUCUCUGCAAAGGUUCUCCUGUUCCAGAACAUAUGCUGCCUUAUGAAACAGAGCUGGGACGCAGUCCAACCCUCGAUCAUAUGCUUACUUUUGUGGUAGAGAAGAAACGGCGUCCAAUCAUUCCUCAUGUGUGGGCUGGAUUUUCUCAGGGAUCAACUCUCCACGAGCUCCUCGAAGAUUGCUGGGAUCACGACGCAGAUGCAAGACUCACAGCAGAGUGUGCAGCCAAUAGAUUAGUUUCUUUAACCCCUGAUAUUGCUUUGUAAAGACCAAUUUCCUAGUGCAAAAUCAAAUUCAAUGUUAUAGGUUUUAGCGCUUUUAACGAAGGACAUUGACCCCAAAGCAUCUUUAUAGAAAUAAAUACAUUACAAAUAUCAA